UUAUUAAAUGGUACAUCUACCUCCUCUAUUUCCGGCGGUAAUGUUCUUUCCUUUUUGUAUCGACGUCUUGAAAGAGGUUAAACAUGGGUCGUCGACCAGCAAGAUGCUACCGUUAUUGUAAAAAUAAGCCGUAUCCCAAAUCCCGGUUUUGCCGUGGUGUUCCUGACCCCAAAAUUCGUAUAUUUGAUUUGGGCAGGAAGAAAGCUACUGUUGAAGACUUUCCUCUCUGUGUUCAUUUGGUAUCUGAUGAAUACGAACAACUUAGUAGCGAAGCCUUGGAAGCUGGACGUAUUUGUUGCAACAAAUACUUAGUUAAAUACUGCGGAAAGGAUCAAUUUCAUAUUCGAAUGCGCCUACACCCAUUCCACGUUAUUCGUAUCAACAAAAUGUUGUCGUGUGCUGGAGCUGAUAGACUCCAAACUGGAAUGAGAGGCGCUUUUGGUAAACCGCAGGGCACCGUUGCUCGUGUGCGUAUUGGGCAACCGAUUAUGUCUGUUCGUUCAAGCGAUCGUUACAAGGCCCAAGUUAUUGAAGCAUUGCGACGUGCCAAGUUUAAGUUCCCAGGUCGUCAGAAGAUAUAUGUUUCAAAGAAGUGGGGAUUUACCAAGUACGACCGAGAGCGUUAUGAAGAGCUCCGCGAUGAUAACCGCCUGGCGCCCGAUGGUUGCAAUGUCAAGUACCGACCCGAGCACGGUCCAAUGGCUGCUUGGGAAAAAGCUCAGCGUGAAGUUUAUGGUUAAACGUUAAAACGUAUGAAACAAUAAACGAAGAACAGACAUUCUAUCUGUCAAGAUUA